CGCCAGCAAAGCCGCAGGGGUCGGCAUCUUCGCGCUGGAAUCCGAGCUAAGUGUGCGACCCCAGAGCGUUCUCAUGUUCAUGCUCAUUUGAUGGAGCAGCAGCCAGGCCGGCUGGCAGGGAAGGUUGAAACCGAAUCCGUUGCUUAAAAGCAGGGAGUGCGCCUCGUUUACCUGGAAUUCCUUAGGUCAGAAAGUGACACUUCUAGUUUCUAGGGAUCUUCGUGUAACACAAUUAUGGUUUAAAUGUUACAUUAAAUUUGAGAAUGGACGUUCUCACUUAGAAAUAGUUUAAAAACGGGGUUUUAAGUAUUUUUUUUUUUACGUUAUAGAAUUUAAUCUUCCGGUAAUUACCUCUUCCGCAGUGUUUUUGGAUCCCUCAACAAAUGAUAACCUGUGAAAUGAAAUAUGAUGUGCAAUAUUUUGUAGAAUAUUUAGACAGUACUACUAAAAUCAGCUCAUAAAAUAUGUGUGUAAUAUGCGUGGAAGAAGUAAAACACGGAAUUAUCCAUCUGAGUACUUGCCUGUUGUGUGCUACUCUUUUCUUUUAAAGUCACCAAACAUAUAUAGGUCCUUUUGGGAAGCGUGUAGGUUAAAAUAUGUUCCAGUUGAAAGGGAGAAAGGAUGGAAUUUGAUGCUUCCAUGUUGCGUCACCCAUCUGCGUGGGUUCAGCAAAAAGUACAAGACAGCGCUGGUCUCUAGGAGCCGCUUAGAGGUGCGUGAGAGACUGCCCUGCUUUCCUGGCGCUGCUCAUGAAGAAAGGGAGGAAGCCUACCUGAACAUUUGAGAGCUUGAGCUUGGGAAGCCUCCUCUUCACUGAUUGGCAAGCUCCAGCCUGUUGAGGGUGUAGAUUCCAAAUCCUCUCAAACACCCAGAAGACUAUAAACCUGCAGGAGGCAGAGUGUCCAGAGAGAUGGUUGGAGAUCAUCAAGAAGAAAAGGGCCGAAACCGGUUUGGCUCAGUGGAUAGAGCGUCCGCCUGCGGACUGAAAGGUCCCAGUAUCUUUCGAAGAUGGUUUGGCUGCCUUGGAGGUUUGGAGAUCUGAUGCCACGAUGAGGACUCACACACGGGGGGCUCCCAGUGUGUUUUUCAUAGCUUUACUUUGCUCCGUGUCAGCCUACAUCACUGACGAGAACCCAGAAGUCAUGAUCCCCUUCACCAACGCCAACUAUGACAGCCACCCGAUGCUGUACUUCUCCCGGGCGGAGGUGGCGGAGCUCCAGCUCAGGGCCACCAGCUCCCACGAGCACAUCGCCGCCCGGCUCACCGAGGCUGUGCACACCAUGCUGUCCAGCCCCUUGGAGUACCUGCCCCCCUGGGAUCCCAAGGACUUCAGUGCCCGCUGGAAUGAAAUUUACGGCAACAACUUGGGUGCCUUGGCGAUGUUCUGUGUGCUGUAUCCUGAGAACAUCGAAGCCCGAGACAUGGCCAAAGACUACAUGGAGAGGAUGGCAGCUCAGCCUAGUUGGUUGGUGAAAGAUGCUCCCUGGGAUGAAGUCCCGCUCGCUCACUCCCUGGUGGGUUUUGCCACUGCCUAUGACUUCUUGUACAACUACCUGAGCAAGACGCAGCAGGAGAAGUUUCUUGAAGUGAUUGCCAACGCCUCGGGCUAUAUGUAUGAAACCUCAUACAGGAGAGGAUGGGGAUUUCAAUACCUGCACAAUCACCAGCCCACCAACUGCAUGGCUCUGCUCACAGGAAGCCUAGUUCUGAUGAACCAAGGGUAUCUUCAAGAAGCCUACUUAUGGACCAAACAAGUUCUGACCAUCAUGGAGAAGUCCCUGGUCUUGCUCCGAGAGGUGACGGACGGCUCCCUCUAUGAAGGGGUCGCGUACGGCAGCUACACCACUAGAUCACUCUUCCAGUAUAUGUUCCUCGUGCAGAGGCACUUCGACAUCAACCACUUCGGUCACCCGUGGCUUAAGCAACACUUUGCUUUUAUGUAUAGAACCAUCCUGCCAGGAUUUCAGAGGACUGUGGCCAUUGCAGACUCAAAUUACAACUGGUUUUAUGGUCCAGAAAGCCAGCUAGUGUUCCUGGAUAAGUUUGUCAUGCGUAACGGCAGUGGUAACUGGCUGGCUGACCAAAUCAGGAAGAACCGCGUGGUGGAAGGCCCAGGGACCCCCUCCAAAGGACAGCGCUGGUGCACUCUCCACACGGAAUUCCUCUGGUAUGAUGCCAGCUUGAAAUCUGUCCCUCCUCCAGAUUUUGGCACCCCUACAUUGCAUUAUUUUGAAGACUGGGGCGUUGUGACUUACGGAAGUGCACUGCCUGCGGAACUCAAUAGGUCUUUUCUUUCCUUCAAGUCAGGAAAACUUGGGGGCCGUGCAAUAUAUGACAUUGUCCACAGAAACAAAUACAAAGACUGGAUCAAAGGAUGGAGAAAUUUUAAUGCGGGGCAUGAGCAUCCUGAUCAGAACUCAUUUACUUUUGCUCCCAAUGGUGUGCCUUUCAUCACGGAGGCUCUCUACGGGCCCAAGUAUACCUUUUUCAACAACGUCUUGAUGUUUUCCCCAGCUGUGUCCAAGAGCUGCUUUUCUCCCUGGGAAGGUCAGGUCACCGAAGACUGUUCAUCAAAGUGGUCUAAAUACAAGCAUGACCUAGCAGCUAGCUGCCAAGGGAGGGUGGUCGCCGCAGCGGAGAAAAAUGGAGUGGUUUUCAUUCGAGGAGAAGGUGUGGGAGCUUACAACCCCCAGCUCAGUCUGAAGAACAUUCAGAGGAAUUUGAUCCUCCUGCAUCCACAGCUUCUCCUCCUUGUGGAUGAAGUCCACCUGGGAGAGGAGAGCCUCUUGGAGACGGCAACGAGCUUCUUCCACAACGUGGACUUCCCUUUUGAGGAGACAGUGGUGGAUGGCGUCCAUGGGGCUUUCAUCAGGCAGCGAGAUGGGCUCUAUAAAAUGUACUGGAUGGAUGAUACCGGCUACAGUGAGAAAGCAACUUUUGCUUCCGUGACCUACCCUCGGGGCUAUCCCUACAACGGGACAAACUAUGUGAAUGUCACCAUGCACCUCCGAAGUCCCAUCACCAGGGCAGCUUACCUCUUCAUCGGGCCGUCCGUGGAUGUUCAGAGCUUCAGCAUCCACGGAGACCCCCAGCAGCUGGAUGUGUUCAUAGCCACCAGGGAGCACGCCUAUGCUGUUUACCUUUGGACAGAUGAGACCCCAGGCCAGUCUGCCUUUGCACAGGUCAUUGCCGAUCGUCAGAAAAUUCUGUUUGACCGGAGCUCAGCCAUCAAGAGCACCACUGUCCCUGAGGUGAGGGACUAUGCUGCUAUCGUGGAGCGGAGCCUGCAGCAUUUUAAGCCAGUGUUCCAGCUGCUGGAGAAGCAGAUCCUGUCCCGAGUCCGCAACACAGCCGGCUUCAGGAAGACCGCGGAGCGCCUGCUGAGGUUUUCAGACAAGAGGCAGACUGAGGAGGCCAUCGACAGGAUUUUUGCCAUUUCCCAGCAGCAGCAGCAGCAGCAGCAGCAGCAGCGCAAGUCCAAGAAAAACCGAAGGGUAGGCAAGCGCUAUAAAUUUGUGGAUGCCGUCCCCGAUAUUUUUGCACAGAUUGAAGUCAAUGAAAAAAAGAUUCGGCAGAAAGCCCAGAUUCUGGCACAGAAAGAACAGCCCAUAGAUGAAGAUGAAGAGAUGAAAGACCUUUUAGAUUUUGCAGAUGUGACGUAUGAGAAACACAAGAACGAUGGCCUGAUGAAAGGCCGGUUUGGACCGGCGCGGAUGGUGACGACUAUGCACAGCAAAGCCCCGUCACUGUCCGCUUCUUACACCAGACUCUUCCUGAUUCUGAACAUUGUUAUUUUCUUCGUCAUGUUGGCCAUGCAACUGACUUAUUUCCAGAGGGCCCAGAGCCUACAUGGCCGAAGAUGUCUGUAUGCAGUCCUCCUGGUAGAUAGUUGUAUUUUAUUAUGGCUGUACUCUUCUUGUUCCCAGUCACAGUGUUAGCCCUGAAGCUGUCAAUCGCUCAAUUAUUUGUGGUCACAAAUCUAUGCAAAAAAAAAAAAUCGCCCUAGUUAUUGGAUUUUUUUCUCAGAUUCAUUUUCACAAAUGAAGGGGAAGAUAUCUUCACACAAGAAAGCAAGGACAUGAAGAAAUCAGAAUUGAAGUAGGUAAAGAAUUUGUCAAAGGAAUAAAAGUAGUUUGGAUGUCCCAUGCUGUUUCUGGAAGUGUUUGGCUUGACUAAUUUAGUGGUCCAUAUAAUACUACCCUUAAAAGAAACACAACGUCUGGUUUUAAGUAAUUUUUAAGAAACAAAAAAGACAGAAUUGGAUUUUAUUAAUAUUAAUUUAAUGCUAUUAGCAAUCUUCAGAUACUAUUUUAUGAAAAGCCUGAAGCACACCAUUCUGAGAAAUACAGACUUUUUUUAAAUGGUGUAGCCAUGUUAAAAAAAAUAAAUGUUGCCAAGUCCUGGUAUGGCGGUGCCAUCUUCCUGGGAGAGUAGUUCCUUAGUUAAGUGAGUAACAGCACUUGUUUACUGAAUUACUAUUCAGAUAACAUGGUAAAAUGAUGGCAGAAAAAUCAUUAAAAAGUUAAGAUAUAUUUCCAGUAUGAAUGACUGUUUGCUUAAUGAUGUUCAUUCCUGCACACACAUAACUGAUUGCUUUUAUGCAUACAUUGAUUAUUCAAAUAAGACAAUUCCAGAUAACUUGAUUUCCUAUUUUUUUUAUAUGGAAACUUGCUGUGGACCUAGUGACUAAACUUUAAAAUAAAAUAUUUUAUAUCCUUAAUGCUAAGUUCAAUACCAAAGAAGAUGGGGAAGCUAAAAUUUGGAUAUGAUUCUUAUGUUUUUUAAUAGAAAUUUUUCUUUAAAUUUAUUUUGUUUAAUAAACAUCAUAAUUGUGAUUUUUCA